AUGGCUGUUCAUUACGGUUAUUUGAUCAUGGUAAUUUUGCUACCAGUUAUAUCACAAGUUAUUACAGCGUCUGCCAUGAAAGAGGACAAUCGCUUAAUCUAUCAAAAUCGAUGCCCUAAAGAUUGCACUUGCGACAAUUAUCAUGUCCGCUGUAAUUCUAUUUUGGAUUUUUCAUUAUCUUCAUUACCUGCAGAUGCAAAGAUCGUGAUUUUCAAAGAAAAUUUUCCUUGCGAUGCCGAUGUUCUAAAAUUAAUGAUGUUAUUGAGACUUGCAAAGGCAAGACCCCUUCGAAUUGGGUUGGCAUUAAUUGAUCUCAAGCAAUUGGACUUUUAUCCAAAGUCUCCAUUUGAAUCUCGAGGUUUGCGUUUACGACGUGCUACUCCUAAAAAUCUCUUCAUGCAAGCUAUAAUUCUCGGUACCUGUUUUAGUGGAGGACUUGCACUUGUAAUUCUAAUUUGUUGGCGUAAUCGAAUGAAGAGAAAACUUCUGGAUCGAAGUGAGGAAAAUUCGACUAUUAAUAAUACAAAUGGCGAGAAUAAUUUGCAAGUAUUUCCUUCAACUCCUAUAGCGUGCGUCUAUAGUGAUACUUCUGAUCGGACUCAGAUUGGUAAUUCUAAUGCAGCUACAUCCACUGACCCACUUGCACAACCAGAAGAGUUUAGGAAUUAUGAGUCUACUAGCUUUAAUCCUGAAAUUUCGAAAACAGCUUAUAAAGAGUCAGAAAUAGCUAACGAACCCCCUCCCUAUCACUUGAUUUUAUCAUCGAAAUGCAAAGCUGAAUUAGUAUCAGAAUGGGAUAAUAAGCGUAUCAAAGGUUGGAAAGAUAUGCGUCUAUUAGCCUACUUUGUAAUUCAUUUGGAUGUUGUGCUAUUUUAA